AUCGUCGAGAAAAAGUUCCACGUUGGUGAAACUGAGGUUCACUUUACUUUAGACUGAAGUUCACUUUACUUUAGACUGAAGUUCACUUUACUUUAGACUGAGGUUCAUUUUGCUUUGCUGUUGUUUCAUUAGACUAAGCUAAACUUUUAUACGUUGUUUCAUCAGGAUUAACUAAACUUUUCAUGUUUUCUCGUUCUCGUCUUGAAUUAUUGAACCAAAGUUCUCCAUGACAAUGGUAUUGUGAACAGAAGACAUGAGUUUCUUGCAAUUUCAAUUUGUCCCACAAGAGGCUCCUAUCAUAAAGGAAACACACCCAAUAAUCCAGUGUAUAAUCAGCAACAAACCUGAUAAGCUCAAACUACUGCUUAAGAAACAUGACAUUAAUGGACUUUACCCAUGCAAGGAGAUAAACGAUGAGGUCUCCCCUUUGAUUGCUGCUGUCGCAUUUCAAAGGGAGGGCAUUGUUUCAUUUCUUCUGCAUGAAGCUGCAAACCCAAACACCUGUUCACGCAAUAAUUUGCAAACACCUUUGCAUUCAGUUUCAAUGAACAAAGCUCCAAUUUUCUAUGUGCAUAAAUUGCUGGCAGCAAAAGCUGAUCCAAAUGGAGUCAUUAAUAAUCAGAUGAAUUUUCAUCUGACCCCACUGCAAGCCGCUGCCAUCAGUGACAGAGACGAUGUUGCAAAAGUACUUAUCAGUGCAGGUGCAGUUGUCACAACGUGUACUUUGACAAGCCCUCAACAUGAUGCUUACAAUGACAAGGUAUCUAAAAUGAUGCAUCGCUUAGCAUCGAAAGGUUUCCAAAUCUGUUCAAAAAUUAAAGAAUUUGUAGAUCUGAGCAUUGCAGUAAGACAAAAGAGUCCUGAAGAGGUUUUCCAGUUGUUUGAUCAUGUUAUGCUGCUUGAAAAUCCUCAGAUACAUUUAAGUGUUCUUGAUAUUAUGUUAAGUGUUGCUGGGCCACUGGAAACAGAAUACCGUAGUAAAAGUAUCAAGUGGCUGAAGGACAACCAUAAAUUAAACCUCUACAUUGAGGAGGCCGUCAACAACUUUACAAACCUUUCAAAAGAUCUACAGCCUCUGAUUGUUCAGAAUCUACAUUCAGUAUUUUGCACUUUGACAGAGAUACCAAAUAACAUAUCACUGUCUUUCAUUCCUAAAUUACUUGAGCUGCUUUCCACAGAAAUGUUGAUUCAGAAUAUACCGGAAUUAGUUGUCAUUACACUCUAUGUGAUUGCACAGAAAACCAAAAUGAAAGAUGACUGGGAUUGGGAUUUCAUUAAGGAUUUUGGCUCAGGAAUUUCGGCCUACAUAAACACAAAUCACUCAUCAAGCACAGAUUAUGCCUAUGGCAUAUUUGCAAACCUUGCCUCUACGGAACAUGCCAACAGAAUGUUUACGUCCAUUGGGUUAACUUCUGUCCCUGAAGAGAUUCUUACAUCUGCAGAAAUGAGGAUGGAUGACAAUCUCAAAGAAAGUCUAAGGCACCUGCAGAAAUAUUUAAUCCACCCAAGCCCAGCAUCAGAAGAUUCCAUAUCAGCUGAUAAAGAGCUAUUGGCACCCAAGAAAAAGAAGAAAAAGAAGAAGCGAAAGAUGAAACAGGAGGAGCAGAACGAAGAACUGCACAAUGCUUCAAGUGACCUCUCCACAGCUUCUGUCCAGGAAUCUGUUGCGAAUGAACUCCAACCUUUCAUCCCCACAUUUAGAAAACAACAGAAGUGGUUCAAAAUAAGUGAGAGAUGGAGCGAGAAAUUAGAGAAGCUCUCAAAAAGUGAGGAUAUCAUCAAAGUUGGAAGCAUAUUGUUUGUGAACGAUGAAGAAUACCGCAUAGCGACGGGGAGUGAUGGAACUGAGGUCUUCCUUGGCCUCAGAGAGGAUGGCACUGAGGUGGCAGUGAAGAGAAUGUCUAAAACGAACGACAAUGUGCUGAAGAAUGAGGAAUCAUUCCUAAGACUUCCAGAGCUUGAACAUAAAAAUAUUGUGAGAUACAUGGACUAUGCCAAAGAUAAUAACUUUGGUUACCUUGCACUUCAACUGUGUGAGUUCACCCUGGAGGAAUUCCUCAAACCUGAUUUGACAGAAAAAAAGAAGAGAAAUCUAGUUACGGACGUUUUAUCUAGCUUGAGUGUGCUACAUGGUCAGACUCCUCAAAUCCUCCAUCGGGAUAUUAAACCACAGAAUGUCUUGUUAGAUGUUCGCGGCAAGGCACGUUUGGCUGAUUUUGGCAUCAGCAGAACAUUGCCCAAAGGGCAGACUUCCCGGCACACAAAAAAAGCUGGAACAAAGUGCUGGAUGGCAAGAGAGAAUAUAGAUGAGGAUGUUGAUGUACCAUGCAAGAUGAGCGCUGACAUACAGGUGGCAGGGAUGUUGACAUACUACAUCUUAUCUGGAGGACAUCAUCCUUUUGGCAGAGGCUGUAGAUGUGAGAGCAACAUUCUUGAUGGUUUGUACAGUCUUGAACAUGUUCAGGAUUUGAUCGCAAAGGAUCUUGUGAAGUGGAUGAUCAACAAAAAUCCAAUAGAAAGGCCUACAGUGCAGCAAUGCCUGGCCCAUCCCUUCUUCUGGUUGACUUCCAGAAAAAUAGAUUACCUAAAAAGUAUCGGCAAUGAAGAGGAGGUGAGAAACUACAAAGCGACGGACAAACGCCUCCUGGAUGAACUGGAUCGGGAUGUAGGGGAGGCAAGCUGGAAGGACUGGAAACACAAGUUUCCCCCGGAGUUGGUUCAGAAGAUGGACGGCAAAGGGAAGUAUUCUGAAAACACUGCAGGAUUAAUUCGCUUCAUACGCAACCUCCUUGAACACUACCCUGAGGAAGCAGAGCACAUUGAUUUGAUGGCCACAUUUCCUGAUCUCUUCGGAGGUGUCUACGUUUUUGCCAAAAACAAAGGUUGGAACAGCAGGGUCAGCCUGAGAAGGAUGUUUCAAGAGGAGGAGGAGGACGUCACAUCCGGUGGUGUGAUGAACGCACUCAGCCUGGAGGACCGGGCUCCAGGCUUCUCUGUGCCUGUCCAGGAGUCAGGAGGACCCCCCCAUUCAGUCACCGUCAUACCAUGAAUGUCAGUGUCUGGAUGGGGUGGGGGGACGCUGUGAAGCAUGGAUGUGAGUUCCAUCAUAGAAAACGUCUCCUGUCUGCAGCAUUAGAUAAAAGCACCCAUCCGUCUAAAUCCACGCGGUUACUAAUUCGUCGCCUUCAUACCCUGACUGUCAAUCAAUUGACUAUCUACAGUGAGAACUAUUUAUGUAUCUUGCUCCAAAUUUAUGUUUUUUUAUAAGAACAAGCUUUUGGAUUAACUUGCCGAUUCAUCAUUUUACUAUUGUAUUUUGUGACUUUUUAAAGUUUCGUUUACUAAAUUGAAAAGCUCUGAAAUGAAAGUAAUAACAUGUAGUUUUUUUGUAUAAUUUUGAAUAUAUUCAUAUACUUUGUCAGACGCUACUGCUGAGCUUCGGCCUCACUAUAACCGCUAAGGGAAAUGGCGCCAUCAUGUGUAAAGAUCAGGAAAUGCAGAGCCAGAGCGGCAUUUCAGCGGUCCGUUUUUUGUACACUUUGGUUUUAUCCCUCCUAUCAUAACGUGUGAACUUGUUUUGCAUUCUUGCAAUUGCAUAUCAAUAAAAAAAGCCACAUUUCUGGAGUAGGCUUAUGCGUCAAAUGUUCAAUUAAAGUCAUGUGUUUUUUUAGAAAACUAAAAGUAGACAUGGGGAAUAGUUAUGUGGGAUAUGAAUUUAUUGUGUUCUUUGUAUUCAUUAUAAUACAUUCAGGAUUCAGUAGUCUGAUCCAUCUCUACCGAGGUUUUGCUGUUAUAUUUGUGGAUAAACCUGAAACUUGUUUUAAUAAAUGAAAAUAUUUCAUUAAAAUUCUGUGUGAAUAUAUAUAAAAAUAAAUAAAACUCACCUGCUAAACAAGGCCGAGUUAAUCAUAUCUAAUUUUGGUUGCUUUAUCAAUUUAUCUACGUUGUAUAAAGCUUCUUAAGAUCCCUUGAAAGGUGCUAGAUGAUCGAAGUUAUAAUCUUCACUCCGGCAACACGCCCACAUCCGUGUAUGACACGCCCACAUCCGCUUAUGACAACGCCCACGUUUCGUGACGUCACACGGUAAACAAACGGAGGUGAGAAUACGUCACGCCGAGGGUAGCCACGGGGGAGAGAGACAUUCAACUGAGAGUCGAGGACUUCAGAACCCGCUCCUAUCUCAGCGGGAGGAGACCAUGCACUCUCCGAAGAGGACGGAGAGUGACUGGCAGGGGCUGGUGUGCGAGUUCUUAGUGUGCAAGCGUAAACUGGAGAGUAAGAAGGAUGCGCAGCUCAUCCUGUCCAAGGAGCUGGAUAACUGCCAGCAGGAGAGGGACCAGUACAGGCUGAUGGCCAACCAGCUCCGGGAGCGCCACCAGGGACUCAAGGAGAAGUACAGAGAGCUCAUUGACGGCGGCGAUCCGUCCUUGCCGCCAGAGAAACGCCACCUGGUCAACCUGGCCCAGUUGCUGAGGGACUCCAGGGAGCGGGGCAGGAAGCAGGGCGAGGAGGUGAAGGAGCUCACCCAGAGGCUGAGCGACGCCCAGGGGGACAACAAGCUCCUGAGGAUGAGCAUCACGCGGCAGCGGCUUGGCGACGAGGACGUUGGCGUGCGCCACUUCCCAGCCUACGAGCGAGAGGACCUGGUUCUACAGCUGGAGCGGGCGGGGCUACAGGUGGUGGAGGCGGAGCAGAGGGUGGAGGCCCUGGCGGACGAGCUGCAGGACGUGAAGGCGGAGCGAGAGGCAUUCCGGGAGAAGGCGGAGCGCCUGAACGUGGAGCUCAACCACAUCCUGGGGGGCCCCGGGGCCCCCAUCCUGGACCUGGACGCCCUCUGCACCGAGAACAGGUAUUUACACGAGCGCUUCAGCCAAGUGCAGGGGGAGGUGAGCCUCCUGAAGACCCACGUCGUGAAGUACAAGACCGCCCUGGAGAAGAGGAGAUUCCCCCAGGGCCGAUCCAACGUUGGACUGACCGGCGUUCUCUCCGCCAAACAGGCAGAGGUGCUGUCCCCCCUGGAACCGGCCCGGGUAGGACAGCGCACAGCCAAUGAAGCGACAGCGUAACAACCACACUAAACCCACAGGUGUGAAGCUCCCCUCCACGCGCUGAGAGUAAUUAUCGUCCGGGAGCUAUUGCCGGAUAUCCGUCUUUUUUUAAUUGCGUCUUUAAUUAGCCAUGAUGCCAUGUUCUCAUCC